UCGCGCGGGAAACGCCCCUCGUGGGGUCACCAGAGUUCAUCCGCCAUCUUGUUUACGAAGUUGUUUGUCUCUCACAACCUGCACGUCAGCUGGGUACGUCACGUAGGUCACGUGCGGCUUCGCUCAAAGGUCGUUUUUGUUGCAGACAUUGCAUGUUCAGCUUUUCGGCGUCUGCAGGCGCGCCUGGCUGCUCAGUGCUGCCCAGUUUGUACCCGAUGGUAGGACGCUUGCUUUUGGCCACGCCACGUCACAGGUCACCGCCCCCCUCCCCACCAUUCAAAUCAUCAGCCAGCUUCCUGCCAGGAUUUGUACGUAAUGAUGGCCAUGUGACAUGUGAUCGUGCGUGAACAGAUGAUUAUACCCUCGGGACGUCUUUGUUUAGCUGUACUGAAGUCGAUCGGAUCCAUGGAAACGUAGCAGCCCGGUGUACCUUAUUGUUUGCUGACUCACAAUGAUUGCAGCUUUUUUGUCAAAAAUCACAAGUUGAACGGAGCUCUUACACGUACGUCACCACGCCACGCCAGGGAGGUCGUGACUUUUCCAGCGCCCGCUUGCUUGAACUGGACUGGAUGUGCUGUCAGCCUGACUUGUAAGACUAUUUAUUCAAACGUUGAAACAAACAAGAGACUUGUGUACAGUUUGCUCAUCUGUUUACCUUAGUCUCCACCAUGACGUUCCUGGGAUUUGCGGACAGUGAAGAACUGAAAGCUAAGAAGAUCGGAAGAUGGUAUUUUGGGGGCGUGGCAUCAGCCAUGGCCGCCUGCUGUACCCACCCACUAGACCUGCUCAAAGUCCACCUGCAAACUCAACAGAAGAAAGAGUUUGGGUUGUUGCAAAUGGGUGUGAAGGUUGUGAAGGCGGAUGGCAUUGUAGGGUUGUACAACGGGAUCACAGCGUCGGUCAUGCGACAGCUGACCUACUCCAUGACCAGGUUUGCCAUCUACGAGACGGCGAAGAAGAAGCUAGCAGAACAUUCGGGUGGCGCGAAUCUGCCCUUCCACCAGAAGGUGAUGCUGGCCUCGCUGGGAGGGUUCUGUGGCGGGAUUGUGGGUACGCCGGCGGACAUGGUGAACGUGAGGAUGCAGAACGAUAUGAAGCUGCCGGCGGAGUUGAGGCGGAACUACCGGCACGUGUUCCACGGGUGGAGGUGCGUGGUGGCGGAGGAGGGCGUGAAGGGUUUGUUCUCGGGCGUGACGAUGGCGUCGUCCAGGGCGAUUCUGGUGACGGUGGGACAGAUCGCGUUCUACGACCAGUUCAAACAGACGCUCCUGUCCACGAGCUUUUUUAACGACAACAUCGUCACCCACUUCACCGCAAGCUUCCUCGCUGGUGGCGUAGCGACGGCCAUGACACAACCGGCGGACGUGAUGAAGACACGAUUGAUGAACGCAGCACCGGGGCAGUACUCGAGUAUUUUGUCCUGCGCAAUAGACAUCGGAAAAGUUGGUCCAUUUGGGUUCUUCAAGGGGUUUGUUCCAGCGUUCGUGCGUCUCGGCCCUCACACCAUCCUCACCUUUAUCUUCUUUGAGCAGCUCAGGAAGAACAUGGGUGUGCUGCCUGCCUACACGGUAUAAGCGCCAUCUAGCCAACUGUACUGGCACUGCAGGACUUCUAAUUCAUGGCAAUGAAAAUCUCAAGGAUCAAGUGGAAAAAUGGACUCUGUUGCAAAACCAUAGCAGUGAUGGGUUGAUGGUUUCAGUGUAGGGAGAUAGUAGGGUAUACAUCAGUCUUUUGAAGAGGUAAAUAGCAAAAGAGCAUAACUGGCCUGCAUGAAGGUUGUUUGCAUCCCCAUAUGCUAUGCAUUCCCGUAGGCCUGCUUAAUUGUGUUAACUGUGGCAGUAUUAAUUUUGGAUAUGUCAGACAAACAAAUGUAAUUUCCAUGUCAGUGUUGCUAUGUAAUUGAACAAACAUAUAAAUGGAUGGUUUUCAAAUAUUCUAGCUCAUCUCGGAACAUAUCAGCACCUUCAAGAUCGGGACAAUUACUAGUAUACCUCCUCAAUGUUGCAUGAUUUACCGGUAACCAUAAAGAGCCAAUUAUUUCAUGGACUUGUAGUAAAGAAAAAUACAGCUGCCUUCAUCCAGAUGAGUUAUAUUGACCAACAUGUCUAUUCAUAUGAAGAAAUAACUUGUAAACUAAAUGUGAUACAGCUCUAAAGGAUACAAAUGUGAAUCAAUAUGCUUUUAGCAAUUGAAUAUACAAACCAGUAGUUACUGUUAGUAAACACACCUAUGGAACAACAAGAUACCUUCUGAAAACUAGCUGUACAUAUAGAUUUACUGAACAAUCAGGAGAUCAAAGAGGUGUGAGUGAGUUAAGCUUUGUUUUGUUUUGUUUUGUUUCUUCUCUUUAUUUAAUGCUUAGUAAAGAUAUCUGAUCAUAGAUAUUAUUAUAGCAAGGUGUAUAUUUGUGACCAAACUAGUUUGUACCAAAUAACUACUAAAGUAAUAAUGUAGAUCUUUUUUCAUUUUUAGGUGAUCAGUCAUUUUAAGUAGAGUCUAAGCAAAUUUGUUUUAACUUUGCUGUUAGAUGUUUUCUUUUUAUGGUUGUCAGAUGUUCAAUGUGUAAUAAAAUGCAUCUGGGACCCAG